AGGAAACGCGCUCUUAGGGGUGGGGGCGCCGAAAUCGUGCGGCAGGGAUCGCCGCAUGCGGGAAGGCAGACUCUGGUGGUCAAUCGGGCGCCGCGCACCGCAGCCGCAGCGACGCGUCACUGCACCCCUGUUUCGGGAGUCGGGCACGUGCUUCUCUCUCACCUCUCUCACCACCGACGUACGCCGCCGCGUACGAUUGCAAUCCGCGGCCGGCUUCGUAGCAGCAGCUCGCUCUCGCCAGCCCGCGGCCAGCCAGGCGCGACAAACGCGCAAGAAGAAGCCGCGCGAUCCAGCAACGCGGACAACCCCCGGAUGUUCUCUCGCCCUUCUCGUUGAAACGCGGUGCACGGCGUCGAUAACGCGUAACACUUGGUCGCACGACGAGUAAUCUCGCGAGUAACUUGGGGGACGCGAUCUUGCCGGUUUACCUCGAGGACGCAGUUUCGUUCACCGUUCGAGGAUUGAUAGCGGGGUUGAAACGCGCGUUCAAGGAAGCUGGCCGACAGUGUGGAUUCCCCGACGUAGCCAAGCGGCUCGAUGUACUCUCGUUAAACUGUGCAAUUGUAUUGUGUGUCAGUGAGGUUCAUGCUUCAGUCUCGAGACGUCGUCGUUCUCAGCCGCUGAUUCCCCCAGGUUCCUCCAGGUCGGAGUAGCGAACUGAGGAGCGCGAGUGCUCCGGUCCACGAGAGUCCGCGCCGGGAAAGUGCCGUGAGCGGAGAAACGUCGUCGCGGAUUGUGCUUUCAGCUGGUGACUGGAUCCGGCCUGACCACGGCCAUUCUCGACACGCACUGUGUUAGCGUGGCCGGAGGUGGCGGCGGUGGAGACGGCGGCGGCGGAGGCGGCAGCGGCGGCGGAGACGGAGGCGGCGGUGGUGGCGGAAGUGGCACGAUCGUCGGCGGUCGGCUGAGCCUGCACCUUCGUCCUUGCGGUGGUGGAGGUGGCGGCGGAAUCGCCGAAAGUGACAGCGCUCCGGAUUAUCCGCCGAGCGCUGCGGCAGUGCGGAGCAGGGAGGCGGCGGCGGCGGCGCUGCACGCGGCAAGAACCCUGUUGGGCGCGGGGGUGGCUAACCCUUGCUCGCCUACCCCCGAGCCGCCCUUCUGGAAGAUGCCGCAUAAAGAGGAGGACUUGAUGCACGGGGGUGGCGUGGGUAUUGGCGGGGGUUCUAUGGUCGGACAGAACUCAAUAUUUGGGUGCUCGGCUGCAGGACACAGCGGGGUUAACCAGCUCGGCGGCGUUUACGUCAAUGGCCGGCCGUUGCCAGACUCCACGAGGCAAAAGAUCGUCGAGCUGGCCCACAGCGGUGCCAGACCUUGCGACAUAUCGCGCAUUCUGCAGGUCAGCAAUGGCUGCGUCUCCAAGAUCCUCGGCAGGUAUUACGAGACCGGCUCGAUCAAGCCGCGAGCGAUUGGUGGCAGCAAGCCACGGGUGGCGACGACGCCUGUGGUCAACAAAAUCGCCGACUACAAACGAGAGUGCCCGUCGAUCUUCGCCUGGGAGAUUCGCGACCGGCUUUUGCAGGAAGGCGUUUGCAACAACGACAAUAUACCCAGCGUGUCGUCAAUUAACAGGGUACUCAGGAACCUGGCCUCGCAGAAGGAGCAACAGGCGGCCGCGGUGCAGGCGCAUCAGGGCGCCGAGAGCGUUUACGACAAGCUGAGGAUGUUCAACGGACAGGCGGCAGGGUGGCCACCGGCAUGGUACUCGGCGACACCGUCUCAUCAUCCCCUGGCCACGGGAAUUCCGACCGCGGCGACUCCCGGAUCCGGCCAAACCUUGCUACCCGGAAGUCAGCUUCACAGCCGCGACGAUUCUCUGCUAAAGCGAAGCGAUACCGGUUCUCUAUUAUCGCAUCAGCAAGAGACGACUUCGGAUGGUAACUCGGAGCAUAAUUCCUCCGGCGAUGAGGACUCGCAGGUGCGACUGAGGCUGAAGAGGAAGCUGCAACGCAACCGAACUUCUUUCUCUAACGAACAGAUAGACAACCUCGAGAAAGAAUUCGAGCGGACACAUUACCCGGACGUGUUUGCACGGGAGCGUCUCGCUGAUAAGAUCGGAUUACCUGAGGCACGUAUCCAGGUGUGGUUCAGUAAUCGCAGGGCGAAGUGGCGUCGAGAGGAGAAAUUACGGAACCAGAGGAGGGCGGCCGUUGAUCAGGUGGUCGCCGGCGGCAGCAGCGGGGGUAGCAGCGGCGUCGCGCCCCCCGCGGCAACCCCGGCUACGCCACGGUUGCCCUUAAACGCCGGAUUCAACGCCAUGUACUCGUCGAUACCGCAGCCAAUCGCCACCAUGCCCGACACGUACAGCUCAAUGUCAAGCAGCCUGGGCGGGUCGAUGGGUGGAAGCUGUCUUCAGCAACGCGCUGAGGGCUACCCGGCGUACGUGUUCCAUGAACCGCUCCACUCGCUUACGCAGUCCUACUCGCACGCGCACAGCGCGGCCGCGGCCGCGCACUCGCAACCGCAUCGCGGCAUUCCGACGUCUCACGGCGGCACCCCCGCGACGCCGGGCGGACAACCCGCCGGACCAGGUGGAGCACCCUACCAGCCGACGACCUCGACCGCGACCGGUGUGAUAUCGGCAGGCGUCUCGGUGCCCGUGCAGAUCCCGUCGCAGACUCCGGACUUGACCGGCAACUAUUGGCCGAGGCUCCAGUGAUCCCAGCUCUUCGGGUUCCCGCCCGCGAGCUUGCUCGUAGGCCAGGAGAGCCCGCCGCCGCCGAGCGCCACCCCGGGUGCGAUGCCUCGACCGCUCCUCGCUUCCCUCGGGAUACCGACGCAGCAGUCGACGCAGCAUCCGGCACCCAGCACACCGGCGACCACUCCCGUGCACAACUCUGAUACCAGUGAGUGAAGCGAACGCUCUUCGGUGAUCGCGCGCUGCGAUUGUCGCGUCGUCCGUCGUCGCGACGCCGGAAACGGAAGACGCGCGAAGAGACAUAGAGACACUAGGAGGCUUGCUCGACAAUUCACACGACAGCGCGACGCUUCAGGGACGCGCGUUUAGUAUCGGUGCAUAAAAACGAGCUCAAUCCCAUAUGACCACGCGAAGAAUCGCCCACCGUUGUAUCUUGUGAGUCGCAAAGUCCUCAGGUUCGUCCACCUAGUCGUGGUGAACUCUUCGAGGAUUUCCGAGGGCUGGCGCGAAGCCAACGUUCCUUCCUAAUCGGGAACAUCCGGUACCGGUACCACCGAUCGCGCGAUCCUCGCAUGCCGGAUUAAGAACCUCGAAUACUUACGACCGUCAAUUUCUUCUGAAAAAGGCAAUACCUAUCUACGAAGCUAUUCGACUAGGAUAAGAGAUAGGAUAGGUCCCUCGUCCCACUCCUCAGCCCCUCACGAGCAAUUUGUAAGUUUGCCAACGCCCGCAUUGACGAUCGUAAUGGGACGUACCGUCGUGAAAUUUUUGCACGAUGGAAGCGGCAGUUUGUCGUGCUCGAAUUCCUCCUCGAAAGAUCAAAAAGGCGAAAAAUUCCUCUUUCCGUUUUUUUACCGACGAUGCACACGCAAAACGGAAUGCAGAACCGAUCGACGUUACUCAUCCUCCACUUUGCGUCUGAUCUAGAUUUCAUAGACGUAUACGCAUGACCCGGGUCACGCAGGGUACCUACACCAAUUCAUGAUGUGCGUAAAUUAUUUGCACACGCCAACGUCGUUAUCAUGUCGAUGAUCUGUACGAAGAACCACCGUCGUUCAACCAUUCGGUUUCAGAAAUACAGUCCUCUUGCUGCAACUAUCGGGCUAUGUCGAGAAGUAGCCGUGCACUCACAUUGCCGUCGAAUUUUUCGCCCUGGGAGAAUCCCUUUAACGUGUGUCACAGCGCCAGGGCAAAGCCGUUUUUCACUUGGCUCGACGCGCGCAAAUUUGGCCCCUUUAGUUCCCCGAAGGUCGAUCGAUGUCAAGAGCAUUCAUUAAAUUUACAGCGGUUCCCGUUUUUCGGUAUCGGGGAGCUUUAUUACCGGAUUUAUUGGAUACCGCCGGGCGCAUAUUGUUUGCCGCACGCUGUAUCGGUUUCCGGCAAAUAUUUUCCUUCGUGUAAGGGCGGCCGCGAACCGCGUGGAAAUUGAAAGGGAGCCGCAGACACGUAGGCGGCUCCCACCGAAAUAUAUUCUCGCGAGAGUUUAGGGCGGCAGGCUGCCUCCCGCCGAUGAGGCUGAUUUCGUUGCGGGAGGGAAACGUUCGCGGGGGGAUGAUAGCUGCCUGGAGGGUGGUUUUUUUCGGCAGGGUCGGCCAUCGUGUCUGCCGGCAGAUAUGGCGUCGGAAGACAUCGCUCUCGAGAGGAUGCUGCGGCCCCCGUCUACGUCCGUUUGCGAACGGUUGAAUAUCGAUCGGCGACCCGUUCGCGGAAAAUAUCCAGGAGAAAGUUGCCCUCGCAUAUCCAGAUUUAUCUGCAAUUUCAUGUUAAUCCGAAUUAAAAGCGAAAAUUAUAUCCUGGAUUUCCUAUUGUUUCUAUUCUAUGUGAAAUUACAACAUCGCUUUUUUUCGAUCUUCUUUAACGCGGCGUGUGGUUCUUCGCGCGGAGAUUCGUCGCGUUUCUGUAGAUGCAACUGGACGUUUCGAACUAUACUGUAACUUAAUAAACCUCGUCGAGAUCAGUGCAGAGUUUAUCAAGAGAAUAGCAAUACUACAAUCCCCUUCCCCGAUGUGCAUUAUCACGAACAGUAUUUUUCCAUGAAUCUCGCCCAGGUGAAUCAUCACUCGACGAGAUUCGCGAGCAAGAACAGCAGGUCGAAACGUUCGUGAUAAUGAAAACUCCUCUCGUUCACGAUACACGUCUCUUCGUACGCGAUGUUCACCGAGACACCCGGUCCAAGAUACACGAUUCUAGAUUAAGACAAUCCAAUCCGUGCAUAGCUUAUAACACCGUUAUUACCGUAAUGACAGUACACAGUGACACAUGAACAGUACACCGACGUAAAACUCGUAGAGAGAGAUAACGCGUUUCGUAAGUGUCGCCCAGAGGAGGCAAGUAGCAUCGGACGCUCGCGUCGGUAUUUAUUGCUAUUAAUGUAUAAACGCAUCGCUGAGUGAAAAACCGUACCGAAAUGGGGGACGGAUUUUCUCGUCUCGCCGAGCGGAUCGCGAAUAUUGGUGCUUGCAGUAACGAGGAAUUAUCGGCAUCGAAAUCCGUUAAUCGUCGCCGCGCACACACGAAUCGGAGCACAUCACUUUCAAUUUCACGCUGUAUAAAGAUCACUGUAAGAUAGCGUUUGUUACUCUCCUUAGAUUCCCGGUACUUGUAAAUUAGAGAUAAUUAUCGCUGUAUAUACAACAUAUUGCACACGUGUAAGCGAGCCAGACGGAUUCUCCACUUACGUUCGAACGUAUCCCACACCUUUAUAGAUUACGCAACGUCUUUAUCCGUGUAUUCAGUGUUUUCCCUCACCGAAGUAACUCCGUUACUUAAACUGGGCAGCAGCAAGAAGCAGCAGCAGCAGCAACAGCAGCAGCAGCUGAAUCACAAGAAAAUCGAACGAUCCGAGCCUACAUUUAUUCACCUACUAUUUCGCGAGACACACACGAGUGUACGAACGCUUUUCGCACAAAGACGCGAGUUUUCGAAUUUUCCCCAUAAAGAUGCAAAUCAGCCAACCACGAGACGAAAAAAGACACACGGGAAUUCUACGUGAUAUUUCAUGCAUAUUAUUUAAAAGGGUAUUAUUCCUUCCUAAAAAAAAGUGGUAAUAACGCGAUUACAUCGGUUGUCAGGAUACGAUAUCUCUUUUUUUUAUUCUCGUAAUUAGAUAAAAUGUUUGCAACAAUCACGUUGAUCGUAAAACUGAAUUCGACGACCUGAUUAUUCACGGUAAACAGAGUGACUUUUAAACCGCAAGGCGGGGCACCAACCACCUGUGCGGCCUUAUUGGCAUUUUCACGAGCGUGCGUACGCGUGAUCGAUUUAAUCGACGCAUUUCGAUCACCUGCCGCUGCACGUUGUAGCACGUUUUUUUCGUAAUUGAGUCGCGCCGCACGAUCGCGUCGAAUAAUUAGUCACCGAUUCGCGCAGCGUGGAAAAAAACGGCGUGAAAACCAGCGGCAACGAUAUUUUCGAAUUUCAUCGUUGCAGAACCCGACGGGGCUUUUUUUCCCGUGGGGCGAGCGGGGGACGCGGCGAUAUCCCGAUAUCUCUGUUGCGAUACACGUGAACAUUCGCGGGCAUUUUCCUUUUCUUUUUUCCUCGGCAACGCAUAACGAUCGUUCGGUCUCAACAAUGCGAACACGCACGCCGUGUGAUAAAUGUAGGUGACGAACUCUACUCCGAUUAAUCCUCCAACCAAUAGAUAACCAUGGAUGAUAUACAUUGUGUUAAGCAGUAACGUGUGAAGUGUUGUAAAGUUAUGGGAAGCGGCGUCGCUCAUUUCUCGUCGGCGUUUACACGGUUCACGCUGACUCGUGUAAGCUCGUUGAACGCUUGAAUGCGAACAGAGCGGUGAACUGCGGGGGAAAGAAAGAGAGAUGUACUGUACAUUAGUAAAUUUAUAUAUAUUUUUGGAAGAAAACGGAAAUGGUGCAGCGUGUGAGUGUAAACGCGCCGAGGGAAUCUUGGACGCAUCCCGACGACGACGCCGCUGUAAAAUUGAUCGCGCGAUGUUGAACCUCAGUUCGAAACGAUCCUCAUUUGAAUCUGCCAGUUGCCACUUCCUUGUUACAGAAAACUAUCACGUAAUUGAAGGGAGAAAUUCUUGAAGAAAGAUUCUUCAACGUUCAACUUGAGCUACGAUUCCUUUAUCUGUACGAAAAAUCUCUUUUUGUUAGACUUGCAAAGUGUUUUAUAACUCUGUUGUUUGUGUAAAUAUACAUUACCGCACAUUAUGUAAUUUGAAGUCAAUAAAUUAGAAAAGAACAAAUGAUCAAACGAAGAUGACACGAAGCGCCUAGAAUCUGUAAAAUUCAUCAUCAGCGAGUGACUCGACCGUUCGUACCUUCUCUCUACAAAUUUCGAUGUUCUUGUUAAUCAAUUAAUUUUUCUUUUUUAAUUACAUGUACAUAUUUAUCCGUUUAGGCUAUAAUCGUAAUCGUCCUCUUUUUACCAGGAAAGAAAGUAAUCUAUCGAAAUUUUGGCCGCGUAUGUGUGAGAUACGCUCUUUCUCAGGAUUUAAAAACGAGAUGAAAUUAUUAAAUCUAAAAAAUAAACGACAAGAAUAUCUCCAUGAUGUUCAUCGAUGUCUAUCACCACUACCGCGGAGCACUACUCGCAUUACUCCGAGAUGAAUUUCGCAUUCACGCAUCCGCGGGAUGGUCCGUGCAUCGUGUAGGACUGCACGAAGGAUUCUCGACAAACCAGGCGCUGCACUCUCGCAACAGGCUGUGCAUUUCGCGAGGGAGUAGAUUAAAGUAAUUCUCAUUUAUUAUGUUACUACCUUUGUGAGUCUGCGUUUGCGUAGAACUUUUGCGAACCGAACGUUACCGCAAUUUUAUGCAUGUAAAAUACGUUUCCAGCGAAAUUAUGCUUUAAUCGUUAUGCAACCAACAUGACGCGGAAGUGGUUACGCUCUACCUUCUUAUUAUCUGUAACGAUACUACUAAUAACAACUACACAGUGUAUGAGUAUUAACAAAUUUAUUAAUGAGAAUAAUAUAUUAUUGCGACAGUAAUCUAUGUAAGUGUUGUGAAUAAUGAGAUAAUAUUGUUGCUGUGAUUAACUUUAAGAUUGUAAGUAGUAGGAAAUAGAGAACCAUUGUUAGGUGUCACUGUCUCGAUUCAAUAAAUGUUAUUUCAUUUUAAUG